AAGCCACGGGAGAAAAUAUCAGUGAAAAAUACUGCACUGAGACUGAGUCCGAGUCAGAGACAGCGAAGUGAAGCCAACUACCCCGCGAAAUGCGAUGAUGUUUGGAAAGAUAGCAUCAUCAUCUUUGGCUUGAAAAAACCAGUCAAUGCUAAUACUGAUAUAUGUCCAAACCCACCCCAGAAGAGUGACGUUCUUUCGGUCCUUCCCUUGACACCCCGGGAUGGCACACCACAACCAUUCCACAACUCUUCGUGUUUUCUGCGUCGGAACCCUCGACACCAAGCUCCACGAACUCCGAUUCCUCUCCGAUUCACUUCGUUCCCAUCUCCAUCACUUCUCCUCCACCAAGGUAGAGGUGGUGGUGGUUGAUGUCUCUGCUGGUUCUGAGGAGACAGAAAGUUUGCAAGAUUUCACGUUUGUUUCAAGGAAGGAUGUUAUCUCUUGCUACACUUGUGGAUCAAACGAGGCGUUGCUUCUCCCAGAAGACAGAGGCAAAGCCGUGGCUGUGAUGAGCCAAGCACUUGAGCAGUUCUUGAAGAAGUCUCAUGAGGAUCGGUGUCUUGUUGGUGUUAUUGGUGUUGGGGGUAGUGGAGGGACAUCCCUGUUGUCCUCUCCCUUCAGGUCUCUCCCAAUUGGGAUCCCGAAGGUAAUCGUGUCGACUGUGGCCAGCGGUCAAACUGAACCCUAUGUUGGAACCUCGGAUUUGGUGUUGUUCCCGUCAAUUGUGGACAUUGCUGGCAUCAACAGUGUUAGCAGGCUCAUUCUGUCCAAUGCUGCGGCUGCUUUUGCUGGGAUGGUUGUUGGAAGGGUUCACAGCUUAAAGGAUUCUUCUUGCAUUGAAGAUAAGCCUACAGUUGGUAUAACUAUGUUUGGGGUUACUACUCCUUGUGUUAAUGCUGUCAAAGAUAGAUUGCAUGAAGAAGGUUAUGAGACCCUGGUUUUCCAUGCAACUGGGGUUGGUGGCAGGGCUAUGGAGAAUUUGGUUAGAGAGGGGUUUAUACAGGGUGUUUUUGACAUCACAACAACAGAGGUAGCAGACUACAUAGUCGGAGGUGUAAUGGCCUGUGACAGCUCUCGCUUUGAUACCAUUAUUGAGAAGAAAGUCCCCUUAGUCCUGAGUGUGGGAGCAUUAGACAUGGUAAACUUUGGAGCAAAAGAUACCAUACCACUGAAGUUUCAGCAGAGAAAUAUAUAUGAACAUAAUAAACAGGUUUCACUCAUGCGAACAACAGUAGAAGAGAACAGAAAAUGUGCUGAGUUCAUUGCAAAUAAACUGAAAAAUUCAUCAUGUAGGAUUUGUGUUUGCCUUCCAGAAAAGGGUAUAUCUGCUUUAGAUUCGCAUGGGAAGCCAUUUUACGAUCCAGAGGCAACGGGUGCUCUUCUACAUGAAUUACAAAGGCUUAUUCCAACUAACGAUGAUCGACAGGUAAAGAUGUAUCCUUAUCAUAUUAACGACCUUGAGUUUGCAAAUGCAUUGGUUGAUGCAUUUUUAGAGAUUAAUGAGAAAACUAGUAAAGAUUCUACUCAUCGACAAAUAACCAGUCCUGAAUCUGCUGAACACUUUCAUGAGGAUAAUGUUUCAAAUGCAUCAAGCUUUGGGACCAUUGUCUAUACACCAAGUGAAUUCCCAGAUGCAAGACCAGAAACAUUGGAGAAAACACAGCUUAUAUUGCAGCAACUGAAACAUCAUAUAGAUAAAGGAAUUCCUAUAAUAGGAGCUGGUGCUGGGACGGGCAUAUCUGCCAAGUUUGAAGAAGUUGGAGGGGUUGAUCUAAUAGUAUUGUACAACUCAGGGCGCUUCCGAAUGGCUGGGAGAGGUUCAUUAGCAGGAUUAUUACCUUUUGCUGAUGCUAAUGCUGUUGUGCUUGACAUGGCCAAUGAAGUUUUGCCAGUGGUAAAGAAGGUACCAGUUCUUGCUGGUGUAUGUGCAACUGAUCCCUUCCGUCAAAUGGAUUAUUUCCUUAAACAGGUGGAGUCUACUGGAUUCUCUGGGGUACAAAAUUUUCCAACUGUUGGGCUAUUUGAUGGUAAUUUUAGACAAAAUCUUGAAGAAACGGGAAUGGGCUAUAGCUUGGAAGUUGAAAUGAUCCAGAAAGCCCAUAAAAUGGGUCUCUUGACAACCCCAUAUGCAUUCAAUCAACAUGAAGCUAUUGAAAUGGCUAAAGUUGGUGCUGAUAUUAUAGUGGCCCAUAUGGGUCUAACUACAACAGGCUCUAUAGGUGCAAAAACCGCUGUUUCACUUGAAGAAAGUGUAGUCCGUGUUCAAGCUAUUGCAGAUGCAGCACAUAGGAUUAAUCCCAGUGCCAUCGUGCUGUGCCAUGGAGGUCCAAUAUCUGGUCCAAAAGAGGCAGAAUUUAUAUUGAAGAGAACCAAGGGAGUUCAUGGGUUUUAUGGGGCUUCAAGUAUGGAAAGACUUCCAGUGGAACAAGCUAUCACAAACACAGUCAAAGAGUACAAGUCAAUUUCUAUUCAUUGAGGUUUUACAUGUCUGUACUUUAAUCAUGCCAGUGUUCUGUACGUUACAUUGCUAAUAUGUCCGUUCAGUUUUGUCAUUACUUAGUACCUACCAAAUUUGUGAAGAAUCAUUGAUUUACUGAUAUAAAUUUUGGAAGUGAUGAAGCAAAAGCAAUGUUCAAUACCUAUGUUUUGAUGCUCUAAAGUUCAGGUAGUGCAGUUAUAAAUAUAAAGUGCAAGUGGUAACCAUUGACAAGAAGUUCAAAAAUAAAUUGACAAACCCCAAUUUUCUUAUCCAUGUGUAAACCAUUUAUCAGCACUGCUUUUUACUGUUCAAGUGUACCCUGCACUUUAAAGGAUCUUAUCCAUAAAAUAGCCAAGAGUGAGUGUAGGAUCAUUUGUAUUUUGCAGGGGAAUUUCACAGAUUGAUAGAUUAUCAUAUGUGGACUAAAGUAAUCAGUAUUUUCUUUUUGGAAAACUCUGAUUAGUUAGAGGUCAAAAUGUUUGGGUUAUAUCAGUUUAGUCCCAAAUAGUUAUCAGUUGUGUUAUUUGGCUUCAUAAGCACUUAUCUGAUUUGUGUUGAUUGUUGUUGUGGGCCACUAAAAAGAAGACACAAGGGAAGACCUUGCCGUCCAGCUAUAUAUAAUGCGGUUGUUUCAUUUAAACCGUACUUAUAAAAUAAAUGAAGGAAAGAGACU